AUGGAGAGUACGCCGCCGGCCUCUCCAUUGGUUACGGAUCUCGCGGAUGAGGCUAUUCGUCGGAGUAAGAAGAAAUAUAAGAAACGAAGGGCUGAGGAGGGUCCAGUGGAUGGUCUUGACAAAGGGGAGGAGGAAUUGGAUGCUGAGAUUCCUGCGCCCAAGGUUCCUUUGGAAUCUAGUAAUGUUUCUUAUAGGGAUCGGGGUACUCGAAGUGUGCCUGUCCAGGAGUCUACUUGGGAGGACUGGACUGAGAUUGAUGGAGGGGAUGAUAGUAUUAUGUUUGAGGAUUCUGUAUCGGAUGGAGAAGAGGGGGAGGAUUCUGAUUCAUGGGUUCGAUUCUCAAUCGAGGAGAAACGUGAAUUAAGGAAACCAUGGAACAAUGCGUUGAUCGUGAAAUUGCUUGGCAAAAUCCUUGGUUUCAAAGCUCUUUCAUCAAGAGUUCAACAACUAUGGCGUAUUGAAGGCAAAUACAGAAUUAUUGAUCUUGGUAACGAUUACUUCUGUUUUAAAUUUCAGAAGAGGAAGGAUUGUAAACAUGUUCUGGAUGGUGGUCCUUGGGUGAUCAGUGGGCAUUAUCUCACAGUUCGGCAAUGGACACAUAAUUUCAAACCAAAUUCAGAUGUUAUCAAAUCCAUUGUAGCUUGGAUUCGACUACCGCAAUUGCCUUUGGAGUAUUACACUAAUAUGGCGAUUAGAAGAAUUGCAUCGAAAGUUGGCAGAGUGAUUCGAUUGGACAAAACUGCGGAGAGUGUAGUUAGGGGUGGUUUCGCAAGAGUUUGCGUGGAGUUGGAUCUGUCGGUUCCGUUGAGGUCGUCGGUAGACAUUGGCACCAUGGUUCAAGCAAUUGAGUAUGAAGGGUUACACUUAAUUUGUUUUAGUUGUGGCCAGUUUGGUCAUAGAAGGGAUGCUUGUUCCAUGACUUCGGGUAAGAGUACAACUAAUGCCGCUAGUUCAGUGCCUAGUCAUUCUGAUCAGACUCCAUCUCAGGUGGUGGAAACAUCGACAAAUGCAAGUUUUGAUCCAUGGAUGAUUGCCCAACAGAGAGGUCGCCGACCAGUGCAGGAAACUGUUGAGAAAGGCAAGUCAACAGUUAGGAGUGAUCCUGGGCAUGAUUCUAGGAAUCGUUUUAAUCACUUCAAGAAUGUCAAGGAGGAUUUGGUGGAGAAGAAAAAGGAGAAAUUAGUGGAAGAAUUCUCUUCUGUGAAGAAUGGUCCGUUCAAGUAUGAUAGGAAAGAGUGGAAACCCAAGAAAGAUUAUGGCAUUAAUAUAUCGUCUAAAUCUUCAGGUAAAGAGGGAUUUAAGGCGAAAUCAAAGGGUGUUGCUUCCUCCUCUCGGUCUGAUGCAGAUCUUCCUAAAGCUUAUUCUGUCUUUGAGCCCAAUAAGGUAAUUGGGCCUCCUCCGGGUUUCUCUUUUAAGGCAGGUGAUUAUAGGCCUGUUACCUUUGAUGCUAAACGUUUGGAGGAGCUUGUUGGGAGUAAAUUACAUGGGCCUGUUAUGGAUGGUGUAAUGGAAAUCUCAACAGCUUCUUUCACUACGAGGUCGUCAACUAAUGAGGGAGCUUCUGUGGUGGCUAUGGAGUUUUCGAAGUCUGAUGGGGGAAAGAAAUUGACUUCUGAUCCCUCAAUUCUUCCACCGCAAAAUCCUCCUUCAAAUGAGUCUGGUGUUCCUGCGGUUUCUUUAGAGGAAAAGGAAGUGGAGGGGAACGAAGAGAGGUUAAAUGGGACUGAUGGUUUUGUAGUUGAAGCUUCUGAAGAGCAGAUGAUGAUUGACGUGAAUACUGAGGUUGUCAAGAGAGUGGCGAAGUAUCUUCGUUUUUCAGAUUAUUUUGAGGUUCCAACGGAAGGCAUGGCAGGAGGAAUUGUUCUUUUCUGGAAUGCUGCAACAACUGAUCUAACGGUGCAUUCUUUUUCCACUCAAAUUAUUCAUACGAGUAUUUUGUAUAAGGGAGUACAGCAUAUGGUUUCAUUUGCUUAUGUGCGGCCUCAAACCCAAUUUAAGGAUAUUUUUUGGCGUGAUUUGAAAGAUUUUUCUGCUUCUAUUUCUUCUUCUUGGAUUGUUCUCGGGGAUUUUAAUGAUUUCGCAGCCUUGGAGGAGAGAUGGGAUGGAAAAGAUGAUGUUAGUUUUCUGAUUAAUCGAGUCCUGAAGUUUCGAAAUCGGUGGAAUGAUUGUAACUUGUUAGAUGCGGGGUCUUCAGGGUCGAAAUUCACUUGGAGAAGACGAGUGGGUGGUCGAGUUGUAUUACAGGAAAAACUUGAUAGGGUACUUUGGAAUUUGGCUGCUUUAACGGAACUUACGGAUGCCAAAAUCAUGAAUUUGCCUUGUUUAUGUUCAGAUCACCAUCCGAUUCUUUUGGAUUUCAAUUGUAUCCAAAAGGCGCCACUUAAAAAUAGACCCGUACGUUUUGAAGCGGCUUGGCUCACUCAUCCGGAGUUCUCUCAGGUCUUUGCAGCUGCUUGGUCUCGUGGUGAAGGGUCUCUAUCUCAGGCUAUUGAGGAAGUUACUAAAGAUGUUCAGGCCUGGAAGGUGGAUGUGUUUAGGAAUAUUUUUCAUAGAAAGAGAGUUUUUGGCAAGGAUCCGAGGAGCUCCAAAUUUCGAGGAUUUUGCUACUUCUACUUUUCUCCAGAAGUUGGAAAUUCAGUUACGAGAGGAGUUGUAUACGAACAAAAUGUGUUGAGUUCGCAUGUUGUGAGUUUUUAUAGUGAGUUGUUUGGUAAAAAGGAAAAGGAGUCUCUUAGUUCAUCUUUUAAUCAGUUUGCGAUGUGUGUUUUGGAGGAAGAGAAGUUGGAGCUGGUUAAGCACCCUUCUUUUGAUGAGGUUCGGUUGGCCACGUUUUCAAUGAAGGGCCUUAAAGCCCCUGGGGUGGAUGGUAUUCAACCUAUUUUUUAUCAACGUAAUUGGGUUACUGUUAAAGAGUCCCUGUUGAAAUUUGUUGAUGAGGCUAUUACUUCAGGCAAGAUUGAUGUUAACCUGCUACAUGCACACAUGGUUCUUAUUCCGAAAGGUAGUAAUCCGACAUCUGUGAAGGAUUUUCGUCCGAUAACCUUGCUUAAUACUUGUUAUAAGAUUUUAUCUAAGGUCUUGGUGAAUCGGAUGAGACCUAUUCUCCAGCGUAUUAUUGGUCCAUUUCAGAACAGUUUUUUGGCUGGUCGAAGUACUACGGACAAUAUUUUGAUUACUCAGGAGAUAGUUCAUACUUUGAGUAAUUUAAAAGGGAGAAAGGGUGCUAUGAUUUUGAAGAUUGAUUUGCAAAAAGCAUAUGAUAAUGUGAGCUGGGAGUUUCUUCAUGAGGUUUUGAAUUUUUUUGGGUUUCCUACUCAGCUUAUUAGUUUGAUUAUGUUUUGUGUUACUAAUAUUGAUUUGUCUAUCAUUUGGAAUGGAGAUGCUUUGCCUAGUUUUAAACCUCAGCAGGGUCUUCGACAAGGUGAUCCUUUAUCGCCAUAUUUAUUUAUUUUGGCGAUGGAGCGGCUUUCUCAUAUGAUUUUGGAAAGGGUGGAUAGAAAGCAGUGGGUGCCUGUCAAAUCAUGUCGGUCAGACUUUGGCAAGGCCUCUGGUUUAGAGAUGAAUUUACUCAAAUCUAAGCUUUGGGUAUCGCCAAAUAUCUCCAGGCAGCAAGCGGGAAGGUUGAGUUCUCUUUGUGGCAUUCCAUUGGGCCAGGAUUUGGGCACUUAUCUUGGGGUUCCCAUUAUUCAUACAAAGGUAACUCGGUCUACCUACAGUUAUGUGAUUGAUAGAGUGUUGAAGAAAUUGGCUAAUUGGAAGGGUAAAGUGCUAAGUUAUGCAGGCCGACGAACGUUGAUUCAGUCCUCCCUUAGUAGCAUUCCAGUUUACACCAUGCAAACUGCUUUAUUACUUGUUUCCGUUUGUGAAAAGUUGGAUCAGGUUAGUAGAAAUUUCUUAUGGGGUGGUGAUGUUGAAAACUCACAUAAUCAUUUGGUAAAUUGGGAUCGAGUGUGCCGUCCAAAAGUGCGGAGUCGAAAGGGCUUGACAACGGAAAUAGGUUGUUCGCUGUGUGAGGGGGAUGUUGAAAUCAUUGAUCAUAUAUUGCGAGGUUGUCCUUUUGCAGAGGGUGUUUGGAGUAGUUUGUAUCAUAGGUAUGGGCUUGAUGCUCGGAGUGAUCAAGAGUUUCGUGUUUGGAUCCGGAGGAUUGUACCAAGUGCUGAUAGUAUAGUGGCGUAUGCAGUGAAGUUGGCGCAAGAUUCCGCUAUGGCAUGGAAUGCGGGUUUUGCGAAAUCGCUGUCAGCACCGAGGGUAGUAAAAUGGAAGCCUCAUAUUCCUGGUAUUCUCAUUCUUAAUAUGGAUGGCUCUCGGAGGGCUCAUGAUGGUCAAGCUUCGGCAGGGGGUUUGAUUCGAGACAGCAAUGGCGGUUGGGUUAAGGGCUUUAUGUUGAAUAUAGGCACUACGGAUAGUUUGAGUGCGGAGCUAUGGGGUAUUCGGCAAGGCCUUUUAAUGGCUAAGUCCAUGAAUAUUGCUUCUUUGGUGAUAGAGAUGGAUGCUGCUGUGGUUGUUCAAUUUCUUAAGGAUCAGUUAGACUCUUCUCAUCCUUGCUACACCUUGGUUCGUGACUGUUAUGAGAUUAUACAGGGGGGAUGGAUUACAAAGAUUAGGCACAUCUACAGAGAGGGUAAUAGAUGUGCGGAUCUAUUGGCUACUUUAGCUCAUGAUAAUCCUCCGGUUGUGAGCUGGUGUUGA